UAUUAGAUAAUGUGAUUAGGGUAGGCAUAACCAGGAAGGCGUAUUUUGUGUCAAAAAUAUUUUAAAGAAUAAAUAUGCGUAAAAAAAUAUAGUUAGUAAACGAUUAUUGAAAAAAUACACUUGAUUUAUACAACGAGAUUUAUCUAGAAUCUAGAUGAUUAUAAUAUUAUGAUAAUAGUUUUAUUUAAAUCUUAGAUACCAAUUAAAUACUAAUUUAUUUAUUUAUUUAAAUAAGAUUUAGGUACUUAAUUUGUAUGUAGAUGAUUUCUUUUGAUAAAUUUGUCUAGAUAUCAUUUAACACUGUAUGUAGGUCGGAUAACUCGAUGAUAAUAUUCAUAUUAUAUUAUUGUUAUUAUUAUUGGUAUCAUAUCCAUGUGUCGUCGCAGCGUUUCCGUGAUCAAUCAUUUCCACGGCACCAGUGCAAACAUGUGUAUGAACACGGUCGUCAUUUGCAAGCCGGACUAACGUUUUGCUAAAAAUAAUUUCUUUUCCUCGUUACGACCGCGGUCCAUCGAAUCUACGUGGUCCCACGACAAGCACAACAUACGGAAAUGCACCGAAAGAUUGCAGUCUUCGUUCUAUUGCAGUGUAUGGCGAUAUUCGCGUGUCAUCUAAAAUCGGAUAUCCCAAGAUCGCAGCGAUCCAUUAUCGGAGUGCCGACAUUUCUCAGCGAUCGUUUCGCACAGGAGCAGCGGCGCACGGUGGUCGGCUACGACGGACAGUGCAGACAAAUGUUCGAAGACCGCGACCAUAGCGGUAGUUGCUCAUCGCAGCCUAAAGCACAACUGCCGGCUCUACCCGAAAAACAGCAGUACGUGAGAAACUAUGACGCCUGGUGGUUGGCUGUAAUCGACAAUGUCAAUAGAAACAAUGGACAGUUAUUACAACGUGAGAUUGAAACUAAAGAAGUGUGUAGGAAAUUUCAGUGGACUUCACAAUAUAAUCAAUAAACUAAAUCAGUUUAUCAUAGAUUGAUAAUGUAUAUUAUUAUAAUAGUAUUACAUCUAAACAAGUAUUGAUUAAACGUGCACUAUGUUUCUUUCUGGUGCACUCUGUGUAAAUAAAAUGCUACGAAUACAAUGGGAGUUGUUGAAAUGAUUUUUUUUAUCAUAUAAUAAACUUCUAAAAGAUUGAAGUAAAAAAUACUAUAUUAAUAUUAUUUAUAACGUACAUAAAUUAAUUUCGUAAUCGUAUGUACAUUUUUAAUUAUUAUUCUAUAUUUUAUAAUUUGUGUGCAAAAAUACAAUUGUCAUUAACAACUACUAUUAAACUAUGAGUUAUGACUAUGUAACUCAAAGGGUUGUAAUCGUAUAAACCUACACCACGUCCUAAAAGUUCUAUAAUAUAUUUUUAAUAUAUUUUAUUAACCCAAAUCAUUAACU